CAGCUAUUCAACCGAAUGCAUUACAUAGUUUUCAAUCAAAGUUAUCUGACAUUAUCAAGAUUCAUUUGUUCUGACACAGUUCUGCUCAUAUUUUAUUACCGUUUUCUAAACUAUAGCGUCAUAAUGUGAGAAAUGCUGAACGUUCUAAACGUUUUUAGAACUUAAAAAAAAAACGUUUUCAUCAGUUAACAGGAAGCUGUUUGUGAAUGUGGUUACACUUUAUUUUAAGGUGUCCUUGUUACAGUGUAGCCUAAUUAUACAUUUAAGUCUACCUGUACAUGUGCUUACUAUACGUGUCCUCCGCUCGGAUGGCGUUCGCAGUGCUCUUCAUCUGGGUUCUUCUUCUCUCGAGUCCCGCCGAAUCCAAGCGGAACCGAGGCGCGAUUCCUCACCCGGACAAGAACAACCCGAACGAGUCGGCCCAGCAGCAGCAGCAGGCGGCCCCGGGCUCCAGAGGCAGGAGCCGCGGCUCGGAGGAGGUUCUGGAGUCGAGCCAGGAGGCGCUGCAUGUCACCGAGCGCCGCUACCUGAAGCGCGACUGGUGCAAGACGCAGCCGCUCAAACAGACCAUCCACGAGGAGGGCUGCGUCAGCCGCACCAUCAUCAACCGCUUCUGCUACGGACAGUGCAACUCCUUCUACAUCCCCAGACACGUGCGCAGAGAGGAGGGUGCGUUCCAGUCGUGCUCGUUCUGCAAACCCAAGCGCUUCACCACCAUGACCUUCACCCUCAGCUGCCCCGACCAGCAGCCGCCGACGCGGAAGAAGCGCGUGCAGCGCGUCAAACAGUGCCGCUGCGUCUCCAUCGAGCUGGACUAGACCCGAGAGCACGCUUGAUCUGCUGGAAGAGACGCGUCUGUCAGCAUUACACACUACCGUCAGAAACACCAGCACCAUUUAGAUUAGUCUGCAAACCCAUUUGCUGGCAUCAGUGUCCACAUUUUGAGUAGUCGUGCAAAAUCUAAUCUUUAAAAGAUUUUUUUAAUGAUUAUUAAACAUGCAGUUUUACGAGCUCGUUAAUUGAGAGAUGCAUGCAUUAUUUGUAGGACGAAGUUUAGCUGCAAGAUUGAUGAAAAAAUUUAAUUAUGGCCAAAAAUUGUACAAAUUUCGAGUAGCAGUGCAUGUGGGUAGUUGACACGGAAAGUGUCAUUUUUAAUCUAAAACUGUUUUAAAUUACUUUCUAAGCUUUUUUUUCAUGCAGUUUUAUGAGCUCAUUAAUUGAGAGAUGCAUGAGGUAUUUGUACUUCUAUAAACGAAGUUUGACUGCAGGAUUAUUGAACUCCAAUAAAAAAAAAAAAAAUCUAAAGAUGGUUAAAAAUGGUCAGAAUGCACCUAAAAAAUGUGACUAGCACUGCAUUUAAUCUAAAGCUAGAGUUUGUUGUAUUCGUUAAUGAUUAUUAAACAUGCAUUUUUAUGAGCUCAUUAACUGAAAGAUGCUUGCUUCUAUAAACAAAGUUUAACUGGGAUUAUUUAAAAAAAAAAUGCACCAGAAUGCACCUAAAAUUGUUGACUAGCAGUGCAUGUGGGUUGUUCACAAAAAAAGUGUCAUACUUCAUCUAAAACUCUUGCUUUACACAGCAUUUAAAUAUUUUGUAUGAUUAUUAAACAUGCAGUUUUUUGAGACCAUUCAUUGAGAGCUGCAUGCAGUAUUUAGCCUAUAAAUGUAUAAACUAACUGCAGGAAAAAAGACCUAAAAUGGUAAAAAAAAAAAAAAAGUACCAAAAAAAGUCAAAUGAUCAGACACUUGUUUACAUUGAUUUGAUUGGUCACAGGAAUGAUUUUAUAUUCAUUCAUUCUAAUACAAAUUUUAAAUAGUAGUGCAUGUGGGUAGCUGACAUAAAAAGUGUCAUAUUUAAUCUAAAACUAGUGUUUUAAACAUGUAAAUAUUCUUUUAUGAUUCAACAUGCAGCGUUUUGAGCUCAUUAAUUGAGAGAUGCAUGAAGUAUUUGUACUUUUAUAACCAAAGUUUCACUACAGAAUUACCGAGAACCAGUUAAAAACUAAAAAUAGCGCCUAAAAAAUGUCAAAUGUUC